GGCAGAUUGAUGUUCAUGGCACAAUUCAAAGGGAACGUUUCUCUAAUGUCUCGAUCACAUUCCAAUUCCGACACGCAAUUAACCGUUAUAGAGCGCGCUUUCUCCGCCGCCGGCGCCGCUUUCCUUUCCGCCGUCAUCGUCAAUCCUCUCGAUGUCGCCAAGACAAGACUUCAAGCUCAGGCUGCUGGAGUUCUCUACCAUGAUAUUUAUCGAAUUCCAUCUUUUCAAACUAACACGAUGUUACACGAUAUCAAAUGUACAGGGAUACAUAUGGUUUCUAACUCUGAGUCGCCAGCAUAUAAAGGGACCGUAGAUGUACUCUACAAAGUUAUACGUCAGGAAGGAUUUACAAGAUUGUGGAGAGGCACAAAUGCUAGUUUGGCUUUAGCCAUGCCAAGUGUCGGAAUCUAUAUGCCUUGUUAUGACAUCUUCCGCAACUUUAUGGAGGAGUAUACAACUCAAAAUGCUCCAAAGUUAACACCUUAUGUUCCAUUAGUAGCAGGAUCACUUGCACGCUCAAUGGCCUGCGUUUCUUGUUAUCCUGUGGAACUUGCAAGGACUCGAAUGCAGGCAUUUAGAGUAACCCAAGGUGACAAAGCUCCAGGUGUAUGGAAGACAUUGUUUGAAGUCAUCAACCCAGACAAGGGAACAAGUAUUCUUCAAAGCUUACACCGGUACCGUUUCUGGUGGACUGGCCUUGGAGCACAACUUUCAAGGGAUGUUCCAUUCUCUGCAAUUUGCUGGUCAACCCUUGAGCCGAUAAGGAAAAGAAUUCUUGGCCUAGUUGGUGAAGAAGCGAGUGCCGCAACUGUCCUUGGGGCAAAUUUUUCUGCUGGUUUUGUAGCAGGAAUUUUAGCAUCUGCUGCAACAUGUCCACUUGAUGUGGCAAAAACCCGACGACAGAUAGAGAAGGAUCCGGAAAGGGCAUUAAAGAUGACUACAAGAACAACAUUGCUUGAAAUUUGGAGGGAUGGAGGAUUAAGGGGGUUGUUUACUGGUGUUGUUCCCCGUGUAGGUCGCGCUGGUCCGUCGGUUGGCAUAGUUGUCUCCUUUUACGAAGUUGUCAAGUAUGGCUUACAUCAUAGACAUUCAAAAUCAUCAUAGAAGAUACUUGCAUUCAUCAUCCAGCCUGUUCGCUGGAGGCUUCUAAUUCAAUUUUUAAAGUUAGCUUAAUAAUUUAUUGCAUCAAAGACACCAGUCUCAGCCUCAGCCUCAGAAUAUGUUCCUGACAUCACAAGAAGUCAGAACUCAAGAUGCAACAGAACACUCGGCAAUGGGCUACUUUUAGUUAAUAAUCUAGUAACUGUCUUCAAUUUUCAUCAUUUCAUUUGCAAAAUUAUAAGGAAAUAGGAUUGCGCAGAGAAAAAUAGGUUUACUUUUAUUCUUUUGCUCGAAAAAAAAAUAAAAUAGGAAUUAACACAAUUCUUAUACUUCAUGAGUUAUCUGUUAUCACACACUCAGGUCCUAGUGUUCUGUUUGUGAACAUUAUGGAAGAUCUAAUUCUUCAGAAUAAAAUACUUGAAUAUUUUUUGGAGACCAA